AUGACACGUCAUGAUCUUCAAGUUCUGGACACUAUUGAGACGACAGAUUACAUGAAAGGGGAGUUGUCGGAUGAUGAGUUGGAUAUCCCUCCCCAUAUGGUGCCACCGAACCCAGACGAUUCUGACAUUUUACCCUCCCAGGUACACCCCUCAUACCCUUACGGUAACCCGACCAAUAUAAAACAUCCAUCUGCAAGACCACGCCCGCCGUACGACCCAUCCUCCCGUGCCCUCUUUGAAGAUAUGGGUUAUGCGGGAGGUGGGAUAAAUGGCGCGUUACGCUGGAGGGAUCUAGCGUUGGAUGAACUUCUGCCAGUCGAUGAAGAAAAAGAAGAAACCAAAAGGGCUAUGCAAGCGAGGAAAAUGGCUAGCGGUGCCUCAACUCAUAAUCCACAACCCCAACAACAGCAUCAACAUCCCCCUAUGCCCCAGGACCAAACUAUUGAGGAAGACGAGGAGGAAGACGAGGAUAACGAUGAGAAUAAUCACGACGAGGACGAAGAAGAAGACGAAGACGAGGAAGAAGAAGAAAGUGACGGAGAAUGA